GCCGGCUGAAACACUCUGAAGAUCAGAGAAUCCAGGUGAUCCACUCUUGACAGCCUCACAAACUCUGAACGGCAUCAUGACAAUUCCUGGUACCCUCUUCCUCUUUGCAAUUUUAUUUGCCAUAGCGAGAACAGGGUUUCCUAUUCAGUGUGAGGUGUCUCUCAGAGUCACAACACGUAACCAACGGAGUACCUCUCUCCGGAACUGCGGUCCCGAGUUUGACACCUGUCAAUCAUUGGUGAUUGAAGCAACACGGUUUGGAAAGACAGUGAGAACCGUUAAAAAGUUCUGCUCAACGAAAGCGAGCUGUGUUCCUGGUGCAGUAUUUAUGCAUGUUGAGAAAGGACUGAAGGAGACUGGACAUAAUCUCUGCUGUUCUACCAAUGGUUGCAACACUGUGGUUCCUCCAGUGCCAGUUUGGAAUGAAACCCCCAAUGGACUCUGGUGCCCUUCAUGUAGCGUUCAGCAUCCUGACAAAUGCGAGAAAGAGACCACCCGUUGCAAAGGAUUGGAAAACCAGUGCUUUAAAAGGACGAUAGGUAAUAACGUCCACAUGGGCUGUGCCACUGAAGCUUUCUGCGCCAACUCUGCUCAUGCCAGGAUCACCAUUACGAAUACCCAAGGGGUGCAGAUGAGUCGUCAUGAGAUAGAAUGCAGCAGAGCCCCCCAAAUGUAACGUCGGGGUCCAAAGUGCCAUCCCUGAAAUAUACACAAGAAAAAGCCAGAAUGAUUCGCAAAGCUCUCAGCCGCUUUCAGUUCGGUAAAUCAGGGCAUUUGGCCAAACAAUAGACCACUGAAAUAAUUUCCAAUUGGUGUGUCAUUUCCAAUUAACCUACCCAAAUGGCCAUGUUAAUUUGUGACGUUGAAUGAAGACCGCCUGCAAAAUAUUGAUGGGAUCAACUUUCACAAUGAUAAUUAUGCACACUUGCUUUGCUUUCUUCUUGCACAUUUGCAGUUAAUGUUGAAAUCCUGUUCUUUUGAUCGUAGAAUGUCUUUGGUAAGCUGUACAAUCAAUGUUAUGCAAAUAAAUAUAUUCUGAAAAAGCAA